UCUUCAUAGACGCGACUUUCGCAAGCCCUCACCCUGCCAGAUAUCACAUAAGAGACAAAGAGAAGCGCUUUUGUUUUCGAACGCUGAUCUUGGAAAAGACGCGCAUACGGCCAUUUCGAACUUUUUAAGCGCGAUCAACCUGCGAAGUGGUGGCUGGAAGAGCAAGCAACAAUGGACGACGACGACGAUCUCUACGGCCCCUCGGAGACGACAAUUGAGCAGCAAAAGGACCUAAAGAAAGAAGACGAUGGAGCAAGCGACGACGAGCCCAUGGACGAGGGCGCCGACUCUGGUGACGAAGAGGACGAAGAUAGUGAAUCCGACCUCGAGAUCAUCAUAGACAAGCCCGUAACAGCGCCUAAGCCCUCCACCCAACAACCCCCCCAAGAAUCAAAAGCCAUAAAGAUCGAAGCACCACCCCGCCACUCCACCACCCCCUCGCAAGCCCCCUCCCAACCACCCCCCAAAACCGCCGUCCUAACAAUCUCCGCCCAAAACGGCGCCGCCUACCCACCCCAACGCACAUCCACCAUCGACGUAAACGGCGACCCCUUCUACCCGCCGGUCAGCAAGCCCCUACUACAAGUAAACAUCGACGCGGACCUCGCGAACGAGCAGAAGCUGUGGCGAAACCCAGGCCAAGACCAGUCCGACUACUUCAACUACGGCUUCGACGAGUUCACGUGGGAGAUGUACCGGCAGCGGCAGCUCAACAUUGCGCAGCAGCAACAGCAGCAAAAGGACGAGCUGGUGCGCAUGCAGCAGACGUUUGGCGCUAUGCCGGGCAUGCCGCAGAUGCCGCAGAUGGCGGGCCCAGGGCCGGGGAAUCCACCUACGGGACCUGGUGGCGCGCCGUCGGGCCCGGCUGCGGGGAUGGGUGGCAUGGGCGCGCAGGCUCAGGGCGGCAUGAUGGACGAGCAGCAGAUGCAGAUGAUGAUGCAGCAAAUGGCCGCUCAGGGCAUGGAUCCGAGUCAAAUGGACUUUGGGUCUUUUAUGCAAAUGAUGCAGGGGCAGGGCAUGGGUGGUGGGUUCGGCGGGCCUGGAGGCCAGCAGGGUGGCGGUGGCGGAGGAGGAGGAGGUGGUGGUGGUGGCUUUCAGCAGGGAAACCAGGGCGGAGGAGGCAGAGGCGGACGGGGAGGAAGGGGGAGAGGGUGGUAG